CCGGAUUAAUGUCUUUAAAAAUACUGAGCUCAUUUUUUAAAACGCGGCCAUGCUCUUUCAGCGAUGAAACUAGCUAGAUUUCAACUCCAGCAAUGUGCCUCUCUUCAUCAGUUGCAUGCAUGUUAGCGAUAGAUCACCAUGUCACAUUCUAUGGUAAUUAGCUGCCAGGCGGCUACAUGUACCUAUGCAUACCGGUACCUGGUAGCCAGAGUGCAACGUUGGUGGCACAGGUCGGACCAUGGCGUAGAUGGAUCCAUCAACCCAGUGGUUCGUACUGCUAGCUCCAAGGUUUCCGGUUGUCGCAUUCAGAAGUAACCAUGAAUAGCAGACGGUACUCUCAGAGGAUAAGAGCACAAUGGACUGCCUUGAUUGUCAUUAUCCUGGCUCUGGUGCAGCAGCAAUGUCAUGCGAUGCAAGGAAAUGAUACUACCGUUGCCGACGGGCCAACAUUUACGGCACGGUCACGGCGGCGUCUACCUAGCUCUCGCAUUGUGGGCGGCAACGAAGUGAAAGUGGGAACAUAUCCGUUCUUUGGGUUUUGGUAUGGCGGGGACUGCGGUACCACGUUGGUCCAUAGAGACAUGUUUUUGACGGCUGCUCACUGCGUCAGCCUGCUGGGGGUUGGUUUGGGAGAAGUGGUGCUCCACACGCUGAAACAACCCAACACCUAUACCGUAGAAUCCAUCCAUGUGCACCCAGACUACAAUGAAAAUGUGGAAGAACCAAAAUGGGACUUCGCCUUGCUAAGAGUCCGUCAGUCGGUACCCCCUUCCGUGGCCACACCGAUACCCAUCAAUGUGGAUCCCCAUUUUUUGACAACCGGGGAAGAAUCCGCCAUGCUGACUGCCAUGGGAUAUGGAGCUCGCUUUGAAGGAUCUCCAAGUUGGAGUGACACCCUUCAAGAAGUGACUUCGGCCUACAUUCCAACCUUUCCGAAUUGUCAGCGGACCUACAGCAAUACGAUCACAGAUGCUGAAAUAUGUGUCGGCAAUUUCUUUGAAGGAGGACAAGAUGCUUGUCAAGGUGACUCCGGUGGUCCCUUGGUUUGGUUCGCUGACAAAGCUGUGGACAAAUUCAACAAGCCUACACCCUCUGAUCAACCUGCAGUACUCAUUGGAGUUGUUAGUUGGGGAGAAGGGUGCGCAAGGCCUGCAUUACCAGGAGUCUAUGCGCGAGUAUCGGCUGCGGCUGAUUGGAUCCAUUCAACAAUCUGCUUCCAUUCGAAACUGCCACCCGUCAAUGGAAUUUGUAAAACAACCAGGAUACCCCUGCCCAUUACAUUGCAGCUUCAAAUUGAAUACGACGUCAAUGCCGGUCCUGUCAGUUGGGGUCUCUAUUACAUUAAUGCAGCUGAAACAAUCUACCAGCAGAGCCUGGGUGAAGGUGAUUCACCACCUGGAACCCUGGCGAGAUUGAGUACGCUUGUGCAGUCUGAAUACACUCAAGAUAUCACAUCCCUCACACUACAAUUCUCAGAACUCAAGCCAGGAAGCUACUACUUCCAAAUUCGCGAUAUAUCCGAAAGUGGAGUCAAACUGGUGAAGCUCACAGAGUUGGGAGAAGUGCCACGGGUCUGGAUUGACCUAGAGGGCUCUUUUGGAGGCUUUUACUCGAUCCAUUUUGAUGUAGUCACAAAGUAUAUCACUCUCACAGAACUCAUUGAGGAAUUGAAUGCGGAUGAUCCCACAGAACAACCAACAGCAAACGGCACACAACCACCAUCGAUAACGAACGGAACGGAAUCACCAGCCCGCAUCCCCGCGAAUUCAUCAGCGACCGACCGCUCAGAUGAAGCUGCUCAAUCUGCUAUUCGCACUCAAAACAUCACGGUUGAAAUCCUUUACGAUAAACGUGCUGCAGAUACAUCGUGGAUGCUGGCUUCGCCAAAACAGCCAGAUGUCAUAUCGAUUGCUGAAGCCCCCGCUCGGAAAGUGAUUCACUACUCACCUCGAUUCAGUUACUUCGGGCAGCACUUGAUAUCCAGAACGUUUGAGGUGGAGGCUCCUGGCAUAUACGAGCUUAACGUGUGGGAUGCCGGUGGCAAUGGCUUUUCCGAUGGAAGUGGAUGGGUGGUCGUCUGGGUUGGCAAUCGUCUGAUUUUUGGAAACGACGGUGAUUUCGGAAGGAAACUACAAAUGCCGAUCAAAGUCCUCUGAUGCUUUAAGGCAUUCUGAUGUUGAUACGGUGUUGGUGGCUGGCACAAAGUAAUCACAGAACAAACUGUAAUGGAAUGCGAGGACAAACCCAUAUGGAAGCUCCGACAGGAUGGCAGUCAGUGGCAAACGAUUGGCAAACGAUAGGUAGGCGAUGUUCACUUUUGGAACGGCUGGAACGAAUAUUGGCACUAAGAAACAAGCAUAGCACUGGGUGUCCAUUGCGGCGCUGCCCGAGCCUAUCGCUGGAACCGCAAACAGCUUGCUUGCAAGGAAUUCAUAUGCUUCAUAAUCUAGCUAGAAUCUAUGACUACAGCAGGCAAACUGUGAAUCCAUGUUUGUUGUGCACGCAGAAAAUUCUCCCUGUUGGGCCGUUCCUAGCUGAGUGUGCUGAUCAUUCACAUUGACGUACCGUUCGCCACUUUUCAGGGUUCGCAAAUUGGAAUGUAUUGCGGUCACCACCGCAGACCAUGGACCAAAAACAGAAACGCCUACUUCAAUUCGUCGUUCCUUGACAGAGAAUCGCAGCUCAAGCUUUCGAACUAGCAAGGUCGCUUGAAGAAUGCAAUAGAGGGAGAAUCUGCUUCCCAAAAGAGGUCUUCUCAGUGCUUUUUAUCUUUAUCAAUUGCAGCAAAAAGUGAGUAUUCUAAAUAUAAUUUACUGGGAUUGACAGAGACAAGCCUUCAGGCUGGAGUUCUGGUGCCGAGUGGCACGAGGCAA